AUGGAGCAUCCUUCCGGGCUAGCCGGGAAAGAAACCUCCCAAGGACUACUAUUAUUCUCCAGACUGAAUCUCAUGGGCUUACCGACGGAGCUUCAUUUCAGCAUAUCUUCUUAUCUUCCUUAUCCCGACGCUCUGGCCUUGAAGCAUACCUGUCGCCAUUUUUACCGUAUUGUUGAUACGGGAGUUCAUAAGAAGGUGGACUGGCUGGUAGAGCGUUUCGAACGCAAGCUCGAAUGUCCUAUGGAACAGUGCUCCUUUCGGACAGAUGAAGCGUUUUGUAAUGCCAGGAUGAGGAAGCUUAUGGAGAGAAGACGGCGGCAUCUGGAAUGUCGGCGUGUGAAGGGAGGGUGCAUGGUUGUUGAAGGGAAUACUUGUCAGAUGGACUUGGUCCCGAUAUGGUUGAAGAGGAAGGGCGGACUUGCGGGCCUUGCGUCUUGGGGAGAUGAAGCCCUAGUUAUAGGCCUAUUGUGCCUCAUUCUUAGUCUUCUGUGGGAGUCUGUUUCAAGACAUUUGUUUGCUCCUUGA